AUGCCUAAACCCCAACCUGCCGGCGCUGGAUCACCCAUAGAGCUGUCCGGGUCGUCUCUGCUGUGUCCUGACCACUUCCACGCCCGCGAUAACACGUCCACGCCCGACCCCGACUCGUCUGACUUGGUGCACUUGAGCAAAGAAACGUCCAGGCAGCCCACCCCGCUCCACAACCUGCCUCAUCCCGAUCGAUUUCCCAGCGAAACAGGCAUUGCAGACGACGAGGACAGCGACUUUGACGAUUGGAGCAACGAAGGGGAAUCCUCCGCUUGGCACGACCCAGCAAGCAUGCCCUCUGACCUGCGAUCAGAGCGGCCGUCUUCGUUCCACAAGCCAUGUUCGCAUCAGUCGCAACCUUUACUCUCAGGAGACAAGCCUCCCGAGUAUGAGUCCCCCCCGAGGCCGGGGAUGGGAUCGAGGAGAUCAACGAGAUUUAGAGAGCGCGAUCCGCCGAUCAAAAAGCCCAAGAGCGAUACGAGGACACGCUAUACAUAUGCAGCAUGUUUCCUGCUGGUGAGCUUGGUGAGCUUUGCUGUACAAACAGAAACAGCUGUGUAUAUCCAACAUGAUCUGCACUGGACCAAGCCAUACUGCAUGCUGUACUUCACUCAUGGCUCUUGGUCACUGCUGUGGCCAGUCUCCCUGUUGAUCCUCCGCCUUUCGAAAUGGAGUCAGCCGCUGGAUAUUUUCUGGAGGCGGCAUGUUGCGCUACUACGGAACACAGCCCAGAUGAUCGAGCAUCGAACGCUACACGUACCCAGUCACCUGCAAAAGAAGUCGCCCAUCCCAUACUUUGUCCGGACGACAGCGUUCGUGACCUGCGCGUUGACAGUGGCUGGUGGCAGUUGGUAUGUUGCCGUCGAUCUCACAACAGCUUCCGAUCUGACGGCAAUCUAUAAUUGCUCAGCAUUCUUCGCCUAUGCCUUCGCAGUGCCGAUUUUGAAAGAGAAGCUUCGGCUGAGCAAGGUCGUGGCGGUCGGGGUUGCCAUACUGGGUGUGCUUGUGGUGGCAUACGGCGAUCAAGCGACUGCGAAGCACGGCAGCAAGUCUGGUGGAGGAGCUGGAGGGCCUUCCGCACCAUCUGAUGAAGAGGCUUCCAAUCGGGCUGUGGGGAAUUUGGUCAUAGGUAUCGGCAGUGUUUUGUACGGCUUCUACGAGGUGCUGUACAAGAAAGUCGCUUGCCCACCAGAGCAUUGCGAUCCUAAAAAUGGCAUGGUUUUCGCAAACGCCUUCGGCAGCAUGAUAGGAGUUUUCACACUGCUCGUCCUCUGGAUACCUUUACCAAUCUUACACUUCACCGGCAUUGAGCCGUUCGAACUACCUUCUGGAGAGGCUUCCUGGAUGCUGGCAAUCUCAGUCCUCUCAAACGCCACCUUCAGCGGUUCUUUCCUCGUCUUGAUAUCCCUCACCUCUCCGGUCUUGAGCUCAGUGGCGGCUCUGCUGACGAUCUUCAUUGUCGCUCUAUGCGACCAGAUGCUACCUCCACCAUUAUACAGCCCCUUGACGGCUGCCGCACUCUCUGGUGGGCUCCUUAUCAUUUUUGCAUUCCUGCUAUUGACCUGGUCGACAUACAAGGAGAUGGAAGAGGAAAACAAGAAGAGUGCAGAGGAUAGAGUAGACGAAUCCGACGUUGAGUCGGUAGUGUAA